GUUUGAAGCCUGAAAUGUGGCAAAAGGUCGCAAAGUUCAAGGGGGCCGAAUACUUUCGCAAGGCACUGUAUUGCCUACAUUUUCCAGGAAGCUUCAAAACUUUUGUGGAAUUUGCUUUUGUGGCUUGUUCCUUGGUCACUUGAAUUUCUUUAACUUUUGAUAUGUUAUGGCUCAAAGUUUAGUUGUUCAUAAUAUUGAAAAAACCAUUCCAUUAAAAUAAUAUUUUUGGAAGUUGGAAUGUUUUACUCGGAGGUAAAAAGGAAAACUGCGUGCACUAAUCAAACGGCUUGUCUUCUCUUGGGCAGAGCUCAAGUCUGUUAAUAUUGAUCAGUUGGAGCUUUUCCCUCAAAAGAAAGGAAAAAACAUUGAUUGUAAUAGUACAGACUAUCCUAAAGUUAUAAUCCCUCACAAAAGCCAAUGAGAUUCUUACAUUAUCGUUUUUAUUUCCUUGUUAUUAAAGUAGAUAUGAUAUUCAAUAUAUUUUCUUCUGAGAGCUUCCUCUAUAUGUGAAUUGUAGUCAGUAAACUUCAACAAAAAUCUAUAUGGGCUGUUGUCACUUUAUGCACACCCAUGCAUAGGCCUACAUAUGCACAACAGUAUAGUCUACAUUGAUUUAUAUUCCAGCUUGUCUCUUCAUGUCUAGGUUAUGUAACAUUGCAUGUGAAGUAUUGAUGUUGCUCAUGUUAAACAGUAAAUACUAGAGCCUGCCACACCUACCAUAAAAUAUAUUUUCUUUGUUUCUUUGCAGAAAUGUUCAUAAAAAGACAAGCAAUUUUAUUUAACUAUUUCAAGAUAUGCUGUUUCUUUCUCCCAAACAUGUUGGACAAGUUUGUGCAUUGUAUCCUCGUAUUGUGUAUAUUAUGUCUGUUCCUCAGGCCUACACACAACUUUUCGAGUCUCUCCAACCAACCUUGGCGCUGUGGGAGGAAUGUCUGUACCCUUGUGGACUCCUCAAUGCACAUGUCCCAGCAAGCACUGAAUACACUACACUGUAGGCUACACCUCAACAUGGCCAAUGCAGAAAGACAUAUAAUGGAGCAGCAACAUCAAACAGGCCUGUAAAGAUUUAACUUACACACAGUCAUACGUGUAUUCUGUCCUGGGUUUGACUUGUAUACCAUUGAUAUUCCGAUCUUCCAGGUUAUAUAGUUAUCUAAUAAUAGGGUGCUUUCUUGAAUCUAUAUUCUACUCUGCAGACAUGUGAAAAUGACAAACUUGUCACCGUUUAUUUGUCCAAACAGACCUCAUACAACAUUAAUCAGCAGUUAUAGUGUGCACACAGCAGUGGAUGUGUUGUCACACCACGCUUCAUAAGACGCGGGAGUGGCUGUGCUCUGGUUGACCCCUGCAAGCGGCGCCUAGUUGCGCGUUACGAGAAUUUCAAGAACGCAUAGGUGGGACUAUGGGUGUGUAAACGAAACUGGGAAAUCACCUCUUGGGACACAUAGUGAAUUUGUUAAAAAGUGGUCAAAUAAGAUGUCGAGCCGGACCAGACCUGGCUACUGUCGCCAGGACGUGAACAAAACCACCUGGGAGGUACCGGUGCAGUACCGGGAGCUGAAACAGGUGGGGACGGGGGCUUACGGUACAGUCUGCUCUGCGGUGGACUUCAGGACAGGGACCAAGGUGGCCAUUAAGAAGCUCCACAGGCCCUUCCAGUCUGAGCUCUUUGCUAAGAGGGCCUAUCGGGAGCUGAGGCUGCUCAAACACAUGAAACAUGAAAAUGUUAUUGGCCUUGUCUAUGUAUUCACUGCAGACCUCUCCUUGGACAGAUUCCAUGACUUCUAUCUGGUGAUGCCCUUCAUGGGAACAGAUCUGGGGAAGUUGAUGAAGUUACAGAAUCUCUCGGAGGACAAAGUACAGUUCCUGGUGUAUCAGAUGCUGAAGGGACUCAAGUAUAUCCAUUCUGCUGGCAUCAUUCAUAGGGACCUCAAACCUGGGAAUCUGGCUGUUAACCAGGAAUGUGAGCUCAAGAUCCUGGACUUUGGAUUGGCGCGGCAGGCUGACAGUGAGAUGACUGGCUACGUAGUGACUCGCUGGUACAGAGCCCCAGAGGUCAUCCUCAGCUGGAUGCACUACACCCAGACUGUGGACAUCUGGUCAGUGGGCUGCAUCAUGGCAGAGAUGCUGUCGGGAAAACCACUGUUCAAAGGCAAUGACCACCUGGAUCAGCUGACUGAGAUCAUGAAAAUCACCGGGACGCCCACUCAGGACUUCAUCACCAAACUGCAGUCUCAGGAUGCAAAGAACUAUGUCAAAAGCCUUCCCAAAGUGCAAAAGAAAGACCUUCAGGAACUCUUUUCCAAAGUCAACCCACAGGCGGUGACAGUUCUAGAGUGCAUGCUGCUGCUCGACCCAGAGAGUAGGGUGAUGGCGGCAGAGGCCCUCGCCCUGCCAUACUUCUCAGAGUUUAGAGAGCCAGAGGAGGAGACUGAGGCCCAGCCUUACGACCACUCGGUAGACAACUCUGACUUGUCCCUGGAACAGUGGAAACGUCACAUGUUCACAGAGAUCUUGUCUUUCCAGCCCCAAGUGGUUGAGUCCAGGGAAACCGCACUGUAAGGUGAAGUGUCGCACAUGGAAACCAACCCCCACCCACCAUUUGUUUUUACAAGUGUCCUCCUCUGUUAAUCCAACAUUCUCAGACUGUAAUGUUUGUCUGGGUUUACUCCUCACGUGUGUAUAUUUUCAGCUAUUUUCAUACCACUCUUGUUGGCUCCUGGAUCAAGCGCUUGUCAAGACAGCGAUUUUUGUCAUUUAGGAUAAGACGUUGUUUGUCCUUUGACUAUAAUUCUAGGACGUUUCCGUGUGUGUGUGUAGCUGUGUAGUCUAAACAUGUCUGUGACCCCUACUGAUGUUUCCUUAACCUUCCUUUUAUCACCUUAAUGAACAAUGGUACAGGUCCAAACAUCUGAAACCAUUUACUAAAGUGUGAGCACAGCAGCAGUUAUUUGAUGACACAGUUUGCAGACACAUAAAAACCAUUGGUGGUCUGCAAAACGUUGCACAAUUUUUUUUUUUUUUUUAAAUAUAAGCCGUUUACUGUAAUUUUGCUUACAUUGGAUAUUUUUUUAUUUAUUAAAACAUCAUUGUUUAAA